AUGGCGCCCACGAAGGAGACAUACGUUUAUCUUUGUCACUGCGACAAAUUAUGUGAUUUGAACGAGGUGGAAGAGCUUUUGAAAGCUGUCGAAAAGAAGCUUGCAGUGAAAACUUCCUUUAAGAUCGAAAAAGGCUACUUCAGCGGCGGACAAAUCUCGGAUAUGGUCGACGAAACUAUCCCUAAAUUGAAGAUGGAUUACGCGGUGUUUGUUGUGCAUGCUCGUGAAUCCUGCCUCUCUUUCAGCGAAGACAGUAAUCUUGGAAAGAUUUAUGAGGCUCUUAAGAAACGAACAGGCUCUGAUGAAAAAGUAUUGAUUGUCAUAGGAGGGGAUGAAAAUUACAGAGACAAUGACGAAGAAAACCGUUCCACGCUUUCACGUCAGGCCAGGGACACAGCAUUAUCCCGCCAACUUCGUCCACAAUUAAUUGAUGGUAGAAAAAGCUUUAUAUUUUCGUGGAACAAGAAACACAGAGCGAUUCACGAAGAAGCACUAAUACAUUACUUUGAUUGCACCAAAAAGGGGCAGAAGUUUACGAGUCAACCGGUGGCAGAGCCCAGGAUAAUAUCCCCAGUAGCCACACAGAGUCAGUCGCCUGAGAUCUCUCAACAAGUACCUUCUGACACUGAAAACCCUGUUGAUGAACAACAGACAGAGGAAGAAAUUGGAGAUGAGAAUGAAUCAUCUGCUCUUCGAGUUUCCGAUUCACACUUCAGCACUGAUCACGAACAAUCUGGAUUUUUACUGCUCGAAACACGCAUGCAUUACGGAAAAAUUUCGUUUGAAAGCAAGGACGUGGUGACCCGGGUCGAAAACUGGCAACCCUCUGAAGAAGACGCAGAAGAUUUGGAACAAAAGUGGAAGUCAACACCCGAUGCCAAAUUGAAGGUGUUUGGUAACAAAAGUGGAGAAAUUCAAAAUAUCGUUGUCACAGCAAAGAAGGCAUGGUGUUCAAUUUCGUAGGGAGAUUAGAAAUAAGUAGAAACAGGAGCUCUUAUAAAACAGAACUGAGGUGAACACAAUUUCUCUUCGUUAAUUGUACCCCCUUUGUUCUGAGGAUAGGCCAGCGAUGUUUCCGACGGUCAUCCUUACAAAUCUGUGUAUCGCUAUGUAAAUUCAAAAGGAAAUUCUAGAUGCAGCUCUUUUCCUAUUUUAUCAUCAACAUUAAUUGUAACGUUGGCAUGUACAUCCUCCAAGAAUGCUUUGGUCUUAGACUGGGCUAUGUUCGACUUGUACUUGUGCUACAUAGCACCCCUAUUCUUAAAAUUAUUUGAGUAGUAAUAAUCACAGACUAGGAAAUGCGGGUGAUGAUGGUGCCAGGAGUUGUUGGGUAAAUAAAAGUUUUAUUUCCCUAAGGUAUAGUCAGCAGUUCAACCGAAAAACUUGAAAAAAAUGCGGUAUGGCGUUGCCACGACUAAGAGACUGAUUGCCCCUCAUCCGGCGUGUAGUCAUCAGAGCGUCAUAAACCUGUCUUAACCUCUAUUAGAUGACUAAAAGGAUGAUAAAAAUUAUUUAAUGAGA